AUGCAGCCAUACUCCCCAAACUGGACCCACAUAACAGAGUUUGUCAUGGUGGGCUUUGUUGGGGUGCAUGAAGCACGCCUCUUCUUCUUUACACUCUUUCUAGCCAUGUACCUGUUCACCUUGGUGGAGAACUUGGCCAUCAUUUUGGUGGUGGCUUUGAACCAUCGGCUUCGUAGACCCAUGUAUUUCUUUCUGACGCACCUGUCCUGCCUUGAAAUCUGGUAUACUUCAGUGACAGUGCCUAAGAUGCUGGCUGGUUUUAUUGGGGUUGGUGGGGGCAAGAAUAUCUCCUAUGCUGGGUGCCUGUCCCAGCUCUUCAUCUUUACCUUCCUGGGGGCAACCGAGUGUUUCCUACUGGCUGCCAUGGCCUAUGACCGCUAUGUGGCCAUUUGCAUGCCACUCCGAUAUGGGGCCUUGGUGUCGUGGGACACCUGCAUCCGUCUGGCAGCUGCCUGUUGGCUGGGGGGCCUCCUCACACCUAUUUUGCCUAUCUACCUCAUGUCCCAGCUGACAUUCUGUGGCCCCAAUGUCAUUGACCACUUCUUCUGUGAUGCCUCACCCCUGCUAGCCUUGUCCUGCUCAGAUGUCACCCUGAAGGAGACCACAGAUUUUCUAGUCUCUCUGGUGGUGCUUCUGGCCUCCUCUACAGUCAUUUCUGUGUCCUACGGCAACAUCGUCUGGACAUUGCUGCACAUCCGUUCAGCUGCUGAGCGCAGAAAGGCCUUCUCCACUUGUGCAGCUCACCUGACUGUGGUGAGCCUCUUUUACGGCACUCUUUUCUUUAUGUAUGUCCGGACCAAAGUGGCCUCCUCCAUCAACUUCAACAAGGUGGUGUCUGUCUUCUACUCCAUUGUCACACCAAUGCUCAACCCCCUCAUCUACAGUCUUCGGAACAAGGAGGUGAAGGGAGCUCUGGGCCGAGUCUUUUCCUUCAGGUUUUGGGGAGGUCAGUGAGGAGGCAGGUGAGGACCUAGUUUCCUUGACUUGGCUUUUCAGAAGGAGGGUGGAGAGGACUAGUGAGAGAGCAGUGACCUAGGUAGUCAGGAACCAUAGAUUAGGUAUUAGUUAAAGUAAAAUGUUCAUCUGCUAUAACAAGAGACACCUAACUAUAAUGUGGCUUACAGAGGGAAGAUUUCCUCUUUCCCGCACCAGUCCAGAGUGAGUGUUCCAGGCUGGUGAGUGGCUCUGGUCAACAGGCAUUCAAAGAACCAAGAUCUUCCAUCCGUAGGGUCAACAUCCCUUAAGAUGUUG